AAAUUAAAUAAUAUUUAAACCAAUAAAAUUUUUUUUAUAACAUCUUAAUCUGUCUUAUCCAAUAUACCAAUUCUAUCGUACUUCUGCUAAAAAUAAAAUAUCCCAGAUGCCAGUAACACACUGCCGCCGCAGGGGGCUUGUUAAACGAAUACACCAAAUAAAACCAAAAACACACACCAAAACCACCAUGUCCCUCCCUUGUCGGUCAGCUUCUUCCACGACCCAGAUCGGAUUUGUUCUCUCUCCCUCACCUCCCGGUCACCAGACCCCUAAGGUGCUUCUCACCCCACCUUAGACAAACGUCCCGCCGCCCCUCCCCGCCCACCCCACUUCCUAUUGUCCACCAUAUCAUCGAAAUCCUCCUCCCAUCUCCCGUUACAUCUCACGGCCUCAGCACCUAAAUGCCUUUGCUUCGACAAUGUCCCUCCAUUAUCUGCUUCCUUUCUUGCUUUCUUUUCUCCUCGUCCUAGUUCUCCAGCCUCCAUGGUGCUCCGCCACCUCGGCGUCUCUCCUUGGCGUCUGCUACGGCCGGGUGGCCAAUAAUUUACCCUCGCCGGAGAUGGUGCCCCGCCUCGUCUCCUCCAUCGGCAUCGGCCGCGUCCGCCUCUACGACGCCGACCCCGCCUCCAUCCGCGCCUUCGCCAACACCGGCAUUGAGCUCGUCAUCGGCCUCCCCGACCGCUACCUCCCAAAAGUCGCCACCGACGCUGGCGAGGCCCUCGCCUGGGUCCGCUCCAACGUCCAGGCCUACCUCCCGUCCACCAAAAUUGCCUUCCUUACCGUCGCCAACGAGGUCCUCACCAGCAACAACACCGCCCUCCGCCCCGGCCUCCUCCUCCCGGCCAUGGAGAACCUCCACUCCGCCCUCGCCUCCCUUGGCCUCGACCGCCAGAUCGCCGUCACCACCACCCACUCCCUCGCCAUCCUAGCCGACUCCUACCCACCCUCCGCCGGCGCCUUCCGCCGCGAUCUCCUCCCCUUCAUCUCCCCCAUCCUCGCCUUCCACGCCCGCACCGGCUCCCCCUUCUUCGUCAACGCAUACCCCUACUUCGCGUACAAGAAUGACCCCUCCGGCGUUGCCCUCGACUAUGCCCUCCUCCAACCCGGCGCCAUCGCCGUCGCCGACCAGGGGUCCGGCCUCCGGUACUGCAAUCUCCUCCACGCCCAGGUCGACGCCGUCUACCACGCCAUCGCCGCCGGCGGCACGACAAAAGGGGUCGAGGUGACCGUCUCGGAGACCGGGUGGCCGUCGGCCGGCGACGCCGACGAGGCGGGCGCGACGACGGAGAACGCUGCCAAGUACAAUGGGAAUUUGAUGAAGCUGGUGGCGGAGGGGAAGGGGACGCCGCUCAUGCCGAAGGUGCCGCUGCGGGUGUACGUUUUUGCGCUCUUCAAUGAGAACCUGAAGCCCGGCCCGACGUCGGAGAGGAACUACGGGCUGUUCCAGGCCGACGGGACUCCGGCGUACCAGCUGGACUUCACGCUCGACAACUCCACCAUCGGCGGCGGCGGCGGCGGCGGAGCUGCUGGUGGUGGUGGUGGUGGUGGUUAUGACUCGGGCGGGAACUCCGGUUAUGACAGCAUUUCGGCAGCCGCGACGGACGAGUGGCUGUGCCGAAGAAGAAGAGUGGAUGGUGUCAUGGCAAGCUUGCUAUUUUUAUUGUUGGAAUUUUUUUAGCUUGUAAAAUUUUUUCUAGACUUGUAAAAAAGUGUAAUAAUUUCUUUCAGUUCCUGUUUAUGUUGGUUAAUGUCCUAAUUGAUGGUA